GUCCCCACCGAGCCCCCACGCAAGACCUCAAACCGCUCAAAAGCCCCGAAAGAGCAACACGGCCGUGAUCAUCCCCAUCAUCAUCAGAAGACGAAACACAGCAGGACGGCCAACUCCACUGCUGGCCACACGGCUGGUUCUGGUUCUGGUUCUGGUUCGGGGCCUGGUCACCGUGACAGUCACGGCGAGGGCCCUGGUGGUGUGUCUUCAGCGUCAGCAGACCUCUUUUACGGCCGUGCCCCGCCGCCGCCGUCAAGUACAAGCACCCGACAUCAGUACAUGCACGCCCACAGCUCCCAUCCUGGGCGGCACCAUUCGGAGUCGGCAGGAGCAGCCUACCACGGCCACGGCCACGGCCACGGAGGCUAUCACUCGAAUCCGCAUUCGCCUGGGGGCAACACUUUCCACUCUGGGACGAUCAGCCCUACUCUCUCGUCGUUCUCGCAAGGCCACGGACAAGGACACAGCUACGGCCACGGGUACAGCUACCCCUCGCACCCCCGCCCCGCUCCCCCGGCCCAAGCCCAAGCUCAUACCCAAUCCCAUACCCAACCCCAUACCCAAGCGCCGACGACAGACGCAUCCGAGCGCCCGCUCCGCAUGAUCACGGUGCUCAUCGAGGACUACCGCAGCGGGCUGGUGGACUCGCAGCUCGCGGAGAUCCGGAUUCCGCUGCGCGCGACGGACGAUCCGGUCGAGGGCGGGUUCUGGGCGAAUGCGGUGGAUGUGUGCCGGGCGUUGCAGGUGGGGGCUUGUCGGAUUGAUGGUCCGGCGAGGGUGUUCACGUUCCGGGGCAAGUACCGCCAGAUUUUUAUGCGUGUGAGCCGGGAGAACGAGAUGGAGAUGGACGCUGUGAAUUUGAGGAUAUCGCAGGACCGGACGCUCGAUGUGAUCGUUGAGGCGCCUCCAGAGCCUGGCGUUUUCUCUCGUCCGCCGGUGCUUGUACCGCGCCCGGAGGACUCGGAAGACGCGCAGGUUGGGUCGGGCCAGGGUCAGGGCGCGAGUCAGCCGGCUGCGGCGCCGAGCGCAUAUAAGCAACCGCCACUGCAAUCGCAGAGCUUCAACGCGUCCCCUGCACCUCCCCGCCAACAGCACCGCGAACAGCCAGCUCAACAGCCCCAGCCCCAGCCUCAGCCCCAGCCCCAGCCAACGAGCAGCAAACCCCCGUACCCGCUCCCCCCAUGGGACGCAGACUUCCUGCACCAAAACAUCCCCCGCGCGCUCAAGCGCCCGGCGGAGAACAAGGACGAGCGGGACGGCGCGGUGGUCGGGUGGGUGCGCCAGCUGGUGGCGCAGGACGGGGCGUUUGGAAAGUACAUGGAGUGCAAGAGCCGGGCGCAAAGGGCGCCGGAGGUGUUGUUCCAGUUUGAGUUUGUGCAUACGAUGAUGAAAAGGCAUUUGGGGGCGCAUACGGGGGAGGUGUGGCCGAAUGCGCCGGAUUGUAAGAUUGAGUUGGAACACAUGAUGCGCGCGUUCGAGAUCACGCCCAAGUACCUCGACGACGCCAAGGAGAUUCUCGCGCUCGUCGCGCGGUACGGGCGCAACGGCUCGCGGUACGAGGACUCGCGCGUCGUGAAGAUGAUCGACGACCGCGGCCCGCUCAAGAACCAUCUCGCGAAGCGGCUGCUUAAGCUCCUGCGUAACGUCGAGGCGGACUGGGUGCGCGACCAGGCGGCGGCGAAGCAGCUGCAUCUGCUGCAGCAGUCGCGCGCGGAGGCGACGCAGCGUCGUGGGCAGGGGCGUGUUCCGGGUCCGGCUCAGGUGCAGCAGCAGCAUUCGUCUCCGCAGAUGCAGCCCCCGGUGCAUGCCCCGACUCAGGUUCAGGCUCAACCGCAGCACUCGUCCCCGCAUUCAUCGAGGACGCUGUCGCCGCACACGCCCAUGUUGCAGCAGGCGCGGUAUCCGCAUCCUGCGGCGCAUCAGACGCCGCUGCAGUUUGUGUCGCAGGCGCGCUCGAGGUCGCACUCGACUUCGCAUACGAGUCCGAGCGCGAAUUCGAAUGCACAGCAGCGAGCGGACUCCCCGGGGCCGCCUGCGACGGCGGCUGCCACGGAGGAGGACGCAGAGGAUAGUCCGUCUCCCUAGGACCGGCGGGUGUUCGUGCGCUUCGGGUAUCUAGAUUAAAACAUCAAACGUUCGUUCAUCCGGACGCUCUUUAACAAUGGUCCAUUACUAUACGCUUUUAUCUUUUCAUGAUCUACUGGACGUUUAUUACUCACAUUAUUGUUACGUUCACGGUUCACAUUUCAAC